AUGCCAAGAGCAAAGGAUAUUCAGUAUUUGCUGUACAAAACGGAGGUUGGUGUGCGACAAGAUGGCGAAGGAGGACCAUGGGGAAAUCAAGUAUACAAGAUUGGAAAUCCAACAAAGCAAGUGUCAUAUGCUUCGAUUGGAUGCUUCAGAGAUACAGGAAAUAGAGCAAUUCCUCAAGCAGAUGGCCGUUUCCAAAGCCUGCGAGAUAGUUACCCACAACGUAAGGAUGCUAUUGCAAAAUGUGCAAGAAUUGCAACUGAUCUAGGAUACAAAGUCUUUGCUGUUCAGAACGGCGGGUGGUGUGCGACUGGUUCUGAAGCUCACAUGACUUACCAAAAGUAUGGACCUUCAAAUGGUUGUAGAAAAGAUGGUGAAGGUGGACCAUGGGCUAAUCAUGUGUACGGUUUGAAUGGAUGGAAACCUGAGCCUCUCAGUGAACUUUCACUUCUGGAUCUCGGUUGUUGGAGAGACAACGGAAAGAGGGCGAUUCCUGGAGUUGAUGCCAUACUUACAAAACGAUAUGGACCUUAUACUGCAAGAAAGGAUGCCAUACAGAAAUGCGGUAACUAUGCCAAGAGCAAAGGAUAUUCAGUAUUUGCUGUACAAAACGGAGGUUGGUGUGCGACAAGUAAGAACGCAGAAGAUACUUUUGACAAGUAUGGACCAUAUUCAACAUGCGGAAAAGACGGCGAAGGUGGACCAUGGGGAAGUCAAGUAUACAAGAUAACUAAAAAGAAUUUUAAUACUCAUGUGCGUUAUCAAUACAUUGGAUGCUUCAAAGAUACUCGUAACAGAGCGAUACCUCAGGCUGAUGGAAGGUUUAAUACGUUGCGGGAUACAUAUAAACGAAGAAAAGAUGCUGUUCAGAAGUGUGCUAUGGUGGCAUCAUCAUUGGGAUUUAAAGCAUUUGCUGUACAAAAUGGUGGAUGGUGCGCUACUGGAAAAAACGCUCAUCUCACAUAUUCCAAGUACGGACCUUCAUCCAACUGCCAAAAAGACGGAAGAGGUGGAAGUUGGGCCAAUGCAGUGUAUUCUAUUAAUGGUUGGAAACCAAUACGACUGACUGACCUUGGAUGUUGGAAAGACACUAGAAAUCGUGCCAUUCCUGGUGUAGAUCGAAUUCUGGCCAAAAAGUUCGGUGCAUACAAAUCAAGAAGAGGUUCCGUACAAAGAUGUGCUCAAUAUGCCAAGAGCAAAGGAUAUUCAGUAUUUGCUGUACAAAACGGAGGUUGGUGUGCGACAAGUAAGAACGCAGAAGAAACUUUUGACAAGUAUGGACCAUCUUCAACUUGUAGAAAUGACGGUGAAGGAGGACCAUGGGGAAACCAAGUUUACAAAAUAACAACAUCAACAUCAAUUUCACAAAGAUUAAGCUAUACUUCUCUUGGAUGCUUCAAAGAUACAAGAAAUAGAGCAAUUCCUCAAGCCGAUGGCCGAUUUCAAACGCUACGAGACACGUACACUCAACGAAAGCAUGCGAUUGCGAAAUGUGCAAAGGUUGCGACUGAUUUAGGAUAUAAAAUAUUCGCUGUACAGAACGGAGGCUGGUGUGCUACUGGACCCGAUGCUGAUGAAACUUACCAAAAGUAUGGACCCUCGAACAGUUGCCGGAAAGAUGGUAAAGGGGGUCCGUGGGAAAAUGAAGUAUAUGGCGUCAAUGGGUGGAGACCAAAACCGGUACAGACAAUGACUUUCGUGGAUUUGGGAUGCUGGAAAGAUACUGGCAACAGAGCCAUACCUGGUGCUGAUAAGAUUCUUACCAAGAGAUUCGGACCUUAUUCUGCGAGACAUAACGCCAUACAAAGAUGUGCCCAAUAUGCCAAGAGCAAAGGAUAUUCAGUAUUUGCUGUACAAAACGGAGGUUGGUGUGCGACAAGUAAGAACGCAGAAGACACUUUUGACAAGUAUGGACCAUCUUCCUCAUGUCGAAAAAACGGCGAGGGUGGACCUUGGGCAAACCAAGUUUACAAACUUAUGGAAAGAAACUAUGGCUUCCCAGCACGUUUCCAAUAUGUGGGAUGUUACAAAGACAAUCGCAAACGAGCUAUUCCUCAAGCAGAGGGAAGAUUCCAAACUUUGAGAGAUAACUAUAAACGCAGGGAAAAUGCCGUUCGAAAAUGUGCAAUGGUUGCUGCAUCUCUUGGGUAUAAAGCAUUUGGCAUUCAAAACGGUGGUUGGUGUGCGACUGGCAAGGAUGCCCAUCUCACAUUUGGCAGGUACGGAUAUUCAUCUAAUUGUGCGAAGGAAGGAAAAGGAGGAAGUUGGGCAAAUGCGGUAUAUGCUCUUAACGGAUGGAAACCAGAGCAAUACUUUGAACUUGGAUGCUGGAAAGACACGCGUAAUAGAGCAAUACCAGGAGCUGACAAAAAUCUGAAGGCGUUGUAUGGGCCAUACCGAACGAGAAUCGGCGCUAUACAAAGAUGUGCUCAAUAUGCUAAGAGCAAACGAUAUUCAGUAUUUGCUGUACAAAACGGAGGUUGGUGUGCGACAAGUACGACAGCAGAAGACACUUUUGACAAAUUCGGACCAUCAUCAUCGUGCAAACCCAACGGCAAAGGAGGAAAAUGGGCAAAUCAAGUUUAUAAACUUGGAAGACCCAAAACAAAAGAAAUAACAUACGCUGCAAUUGGGUGCUAUAAAGAUACCAAGAAACGAGCAAUCCCGAGAGCAGAUGGUCGAUUCCAAAUACUUCGAGAUAAUUACAAGCAACGUAAAGACGCGAUCGCAAAAUGUGCGAGAAUAUCUGCUGAUCUGGGAUACAAAGUGUUUGCUAUACAGAAUGGCGGCUGGUGUGCAACAGGACCAAAGGCGAACAAAUCUUACAUGAAAUACGGAAAAUCUAUGAAAUGCAAAAACGACGGAAAAGGCGGGCCUUGGGCUAACGCUGUGUAUGCUCUGAAUGGAUGGGAACCUGUUUCAGAAAUCAUCACGACUCCACCGCCAGCCGUAGUAAAAGAACAGAUGACGAUGGUAGAUCUUGGAUGUUGGAAAGACACAAGAAUCAGAUCCAUACCAAGUGUUGACAAAUAUCUAAUUGAGAAAUACGGUGCAUACGAGUCUCGCAAGAACGCAGUUGAGAAAUGCGCACAAUACGCCAAGAGUAAAGGCUAUACAGUAUUUGCGGUACAGAAUGGUGGUAAUUGUAGGACAAGUUCCAGAGCUGAAGAUACCUUUGACAAAUACGGACCUUCUUCUUCCUGCGGCGCAAACGGCAACGGCGGAUCAUGGAGUAACCAAGUUUAUCAGUUUAAACCAACAAUGGAAGUCGCAAACAUUCGAUACGUGCCUAUCGGGUGUUAUAAAGAUACCAAAAGCCAUGCGUUACCGAUCGCGGAAGGCAGAUUCAAGAGUCUUCGUGGAAACUACAAACAACGUAAAAAUGCUGUCAGGAAAUGCGCUUUGGCAGCGUCAGCUUUGGGUUACAAAGUAUUUGCACUUCAGAAUGGCGGAUCAUGUUCGACCGGACCGAAUGCCCAUCAUACAUUUUCAAAGUACGGCCCGUCAUCUAACUGUGGCAUUGACGGAAAAGGCGGUCCAUGGGCAAAUUACGCUUAUAUUAUUUUAGGAUCCGGGUGGAUUCCGAAGCCGCAAUUCCCUGCUGUUACAAGACCGAGAGAUCUGGUUCUCACCGAUUUGGGUUGUUGGAGAGAUACUGCUGAGAGAGCCAUUUCUGGAGUAGACAAUGUUCUUCUGAGAAGACAUGGACAUUAUAAAAACAGAGAAAACGCGGUACAGAAAUGUGCACAUUUUGCGAAGAAACGUGGCUUCUCCGUCUUCGCUGUACAAGAUGGUGGCUGGUGCUCAGCAUCAGAGACAGCCUACAAAACAUAUAACAAGUAUGGAUCAUCUAAUAGAUGCAGGAACGAUGGUGCUGGCGGAAAAUGGGCUAAUCGAGUUUAUAUGGUUAGCGCUGCUGUUGAUGUUCGAUAUCGUCAUGUGGGCUGCUUUAGAGACACCUCGGAACAUGCGGUACCAAUUGUAGAAGACCGUUUCCUUGUCUUGCAAGAUGAUUUUGCAACGAGGUAUGAAGCUAUACGGAAAUGUGCGAGGAUUGCUGCGGCUUCUGAAUAUAAAGCAUUCGCUAUACGAGACGGCGGGAGAUGUGCUACAGGACCGGUUGCUCACUUUACUUACGGAAACUACGGUAAAUCUAAGAAGUGUGGAAUUCAUGGAAAGGCGGCCACAAUGCAAUGGACGUUUAUUCUUGACGUCAGGAAAAUUGAUGUCACUGAAAAGACUAGGCUGCUACCAAGAUCAAAGGGUUCGUGCGAUUCCAACACUUGAAAGAGGUUCUCAUCUUCUUACCCACGAGUUAUACGGGGAACGCCCGGGUGCAAUCAAAACGUGCCUGAGACGAGCUUCAAGGCUUGGAUAUAAAGUGAUUGGAAUGCAGAACGGGGGAUCGUGUAUGAGUUCCGGA